CCGAAUAUCUACGUGUCGGCAACAUUGAUUCAUCCACCAAUUUUAAUACGACGUCGUGAGUGAUGACAUCAUAUUGGAGAGUGAGUCAACGCUCCCAUCAGCGAGUGGAGGACCGUUGCCACGUGAACGACUACGAACUCCCAGCUGCAUCACAUUUAUAAUGACCAUGUUGCCCCUCAAAACUUCAUUUGAAAUGAAACGAACGAGAUAGAAGUCGAGGGCAAUUCCGUCAACGAAGGUGAGUCUUCAGUCUCAGCGUUAAUGUCCAACCAUCAUCGUGUAAUCGCCGUCUCCUCCAACAAAUCAAUUCAAAAAAUCCCCAAAUAAAAAUUUCCACUCACUAAAUUCCUCCCUUCAGAUCUAAAUCGCCAUUGUUAGUUACGCAAAAAAAACCAGUAAUUUUGUGUUUGGAGGCUAGGAUGGGCGGAGUGCCAUCGUCGGCGCGAGCAGGCGGCGGAGCGUGGCCGCAGGAAACGGCCGAGUACUUGAUCGGGGAAUUCGUCGGCGAGAAAUCGUUUCCCCUUGCCUCGGACUACUGGCAGAAGCUUCUCGAGCUUCCACUCGAUCUUCGCUGGCCGUCUUAUCGCGUUCGCGAAGCUUGCCAUAUGUUUGCAAUGAAUAAUGGUAGUACAAGGCACCUCACAAAGAUUCUGAUUCACCUAGCAUGGUGCUUGCAAGAGUGUGUUUCGGCUUCUGAUGUGGCAUCCCCUGCUUUCUCAAAAGCUCUUAAUGCUUUGUUUAUAUCAUCUGUUUUUCUGAAGUAUGUCAUCGAGAAUUCUAAGAGUGACAACUUUGAAGAACUAUACUUGUCGCUGGAAGAAACUGAUCCUGUGCCCAGUAAUUUUGUAAAAGCAGGUCAAAAUGUCGAAAACCUUAUCAUGCUCAGUGCACUUAGCUUUAUUGCCAACGUUGAUGUUAGUCCUGGAACAUAUCUUCUGCAUCAAGAGCUGCUCAACUUCAUAUUGAUUGCGAUGUCUACUCAACUUCUCUCUGGGCCAACACCAGGACCGAAUGAUGUCCACCCUUUUAUCGAUGCAGCAAUGGCUCAGGAAAGUUCUUUGGUUAAUCUUGUUGUCCGCAAGUUAUUGCUGAAUUACAUCACACGCCCACAGUUUCCUGUAGACAGUUCAUUUUCUAUAUUAUCUGAAGGAAAUCAGCGUGGUGUCCUAACGAGAGUUCGCUCUGCAGCUGCAAACUUAAUGCUAUUUCCGUUCAAUUACUUGGCCAACAGAAACGGUGAAGAUUCAAAGAGUCCAUUAGCAGAAGGCAGUCCUAACGUUUUACUUAUUACUAGUUAUUACCAUAAAUGUAUAUUAGUUGACUAUGUGAAGGAUAAAAGUCAUAACAGCAGUCCCGAGACCCUCCUCAAGGAAGAAACAUAUUUUUCUGAAAACCCUUUCCGCAAAGCACUACAAAAUGUCCAGGAUAUUGAAUUUGAUCACAAUGAUAUAGAGGGGAAUGCACACAGUGGUCCGGUUAUUAGACUACCUUUCACUUCUAUUUAUGAUACUCUUGGCAUGUGCUUGGCAGAUGAAAACUCUGUUCUGUUGCUUUAUUCACUGUUGCAUGGAAAUUCUGAUUUUCUGGCGUAUGUUUUGGUGCGAACAGAUGUAGAUACACUGUUGAUGCCCAUGUUGGAGACACUAUAUAAUGCCCCUAGCAGGACGUCCAAUCAUAUAUACAUGGUUCUUGUAAUCUUUCUUAUACUAAGUCAAGAUUCCUCUUUCAAUGCCAGCAUCCACGAACUGAUUCUUCCUAAUGUUCCAUGGUAUCAAGAACGCCUCCUUUAUCAGACUUCUCUUGGUUCCCUCAUGGUGAUAAUUUUAAUCAGGACUGUUAAAUUCAAUCUCUCUAAGCUACGGGAUAUCUACCUCCACACUAAUUGUCUCGCAACUUUGGCAAACAUGGCACCACAUGUUCACAGACUGAGUUCAUAUGCGGCGCAGCGGUUGGUUAGCCUUUUUGAUAUGCUUUCACGCAAGUAUAACAAAUUAGCGGAGGUUAAGAACAACAAGAUGAACACAUCAUAUAAUGAUGAUUUAAGAGGAGUCGGCCUUCCUGAUGAUCCGUCAGCUGAACUGCAUAUAUAUACUGACUUCCUGAGACUUGUGCUGGAGAUAAUAAACGCAAUCCUAACUUACGCAUUGCCUCGAAACCGCGAGGUUGUUUAUGCAAUAAUGCACAGGCAGGAAAUUUUUCUACCUUUCAGAAAUCAUCCACGUUUUAUCGAGCCGUUGGAAAAUAUAUAUACUGUAUUGGAUUUCUUUAAUAAACGGGUUGAUGCACAGAAAGCAGAUAGAGAAUGGUCGGUGGACAAACUACUUGAAGUCAUAAUCAACAACUGUCGAUCUUGGAGAGGCGAGGGCAUGAAGAUGUUUACGCAGUUACGUUUCACGUACGAACAAGAGAGUCAUCCUGAGGAAUUCUUCAUCCCGUAUGUGUGGCAGUUGGUAUUAUCGCACGGUGGUUUCACUUUCAGUCCGAGCAGCAUUAACUUAUUCCCAGUCCCCGUAGAAGAAAUAUACGAGCACGAUGUGGAGAAGCCCGUAAACGGAGAGCUGAAAGAAAACGGACUUCAAGUAGGGAUUCCUGUAUAGUGGAGUUUUUUUGUAAACCUUAUAAUGAGAUUCUAAGUGUAAUGUACAUAUAUUAUAUAUACAUAUACAUACAUAUAUAUACACACACGUGUAAUAGGAAGGAAUUUUCAAUUCAUUUUUUGUUUAUAUUCCUUGAGUAUAUAGAUGUAUGUCUUUUCCUAUGGAUAUCAUCACUGUAACGUGUCCUAAAAUUUUUGCAAAUCUAUGAUUUUGGAGCUGUGAACUUAAUAUCAAAA